GUGGACCGGCAGCACCGUGAACACGUUUUAACUGUUUCUGUUGUCAGAUAAAGUAAACCUCCUGAAGAACAGCUGUUUCCGGAAGCCGUUUAGUCCGGCUGUGAUUGACAGGCGGUGGGCAGGAGCUGGAGAAUGUCUGAAGAGAUUCCCCCUGAGGGGGCGCAGACCCAGACCCAGUCCCAGUCCACCCAGUCUGCUACCCAGUCCACCCUGUCCCCGUCCCAGGCCAAGUUCCAGUCUCAACCUGGUUCCAGUUCAUCCAGCGGGCCGACAUCUGGCAGUCAGUCCUCCAGUGGUUCUGGGACCCUGAGCAGCGUGGACACCCUCCCCGUCACCCUGCCGUCCGUCCCCGAGGAGCCAGAACUACAACCCUGGGGCCGCCUGCUACCGAUGGCCCGCGGCUUCAGGAGCCAUGACUGUGUGGAGGACCAGUACCUGUUUGGACGGGACUCCAAGUGUAACUACGUCCUGGAUGACCCUGAUGACCGAGGAUCUAAGAAGUUCAGAAUUUACAGCAAGAAACACUUCAGGAUCCUCAGAGAGGGCUCUGAGGUCUUUGUGGAGGACUAUAGUAAUAAUGGGACGUUUGUGGACGGGAUUCCAAUCGGCAAAAAUAAGAAGCUUCCUCUGGUCAAUAAUGCUGUCAUCGCCCUGGCAGAACAACGAAACCGAGUGUUUGUGUUCAUCGACCUGAUGUCAGACGAUCAGUCCAGUUUACCCAGAGAGCUGCGGGAGAAAUACCUGCUGACUCGACGAAUCGGAACAGGUGUGUGUGGGGAGGUCCGCCUGGCGUUCCAACGUUCCACCUGCAGGAAAGUCGCUGUGAAAAUCAUCAACAAGAAGAACUUCCAGUCUGAAGGGACGGCGACACGGAACGCCACGACGGAGAUCGAGAUUCUGCAGCGAGUCAACCACCCUUGUCUCAUAAAGACAGAAGACUUUUACCAGACGGACGACAGUUAUUACAUCGUCCUGGAGCUGAUGGAGGGAGGUGAGUUGUUCCACAGGGUAAAGUCUCAGCAGCAGCUUCAGGAGAAUGUGGCCAAACUCUAUUUCUACCAGAUGCUUCGAGCCGUCCAGUACCUCCACAGUAACGGGAUCAUCCACAGAGACCUGAAGCCUGAGAACAUCCUGCUGUCGUCUCAGGAGGACGUCUGUCUCAUCAAGGUGACAGACUUCAACCAGUCCAGGAUCUUGGAGGAAUCUGUCCUCAUGAGGACUCUGUGUGGGACUCCGUCCUAUCUGGCUCCUGAAGUCUUCACUCAGGCGUCCACCACUGGAUACAGCCUCGCUGUGGAUGCUUGGAGCCUCGGAGUCCUGCUGUUCGUCUGUCUGGGUGGAUAUCCUCCUUUCCACGAGAGUUUUAGUGACAAGCCAGUCACGGAUCAAAUCAUUCUUGGAGAGUUCACCAUGGUUCCGUCCAAGUGGAGACACGUCUCUGAUCAAGCGAAGGAUGUGGUGAGGAAGCUGCUGGUUGUCGAUCCCAGCAAGAGGAUGAGCAUCGAGGACGCUCUGCAGCACCCCUGGUUACAGGAUCAGGGGAUGCUGAAGACGGCUCACAGACUCAUGUACCCACCUGUAGAGGGUGCUGCUGCUGCUGCUCUCAUGCAGGAGGCGCCAUCAGGAGGACCCUCAAAGAGGAAACGAGGCGAUGGAGACGAGGAGGACCAACAUGCUGCUAAGCGGAGCCAAGCCCCGCCCCCCAGCGCCGUGUAGAGGACCAAUCAGGUUGAGCUGCUAGUCAGCUGACCUGUUCACUGCUCAAACACUUGACUGUAAAUAAAGUUCAUUCCAAUUUUCUAAUAAAGCCUUUUAUGUUUUUCCA